AUGGGAAAGGAAAGCGUAGAGGCUCGCCAGAAGUGGAUUGACAUUCAAUUGCACACUUUCACCAACUGGAUUAAUGAACAGGUACACUUUUUCGUUUUGCAAAACACUUCUGUAGUAGCUAAAAGUGGCCGAAGGAUAAUUCGCGCUUAUCUCCCGCCUGACUAUACAAAUUCAAAGAUGUGUACCAUACCUGCCAAAGUGUUUGCCCGUAUUUGCCAAUCCACUUGGCGAAGAGUCCGUUUUCCCAAAGUAACUGUCACCGUAUUUGUCCAUGUCCAAAAGAUUUUCGCCGUCGCCGUCCAUUUCCGCUCACCCGCUUCUGUUGUGAUAAGAUGAUUUGUAGUAUGUAAAUCAGCGCAUGUACACACGCGCUUUUCGACACAAAAUGGGAGUAGGAUAAUCAGUUCCACAAAUAAUUAGCAAUAUGUUGCGACGUUUGGGAAAGCAACAAUAGUCCAGGGUGUGUAAUUGUGUACACAAUAUAUAUUUGCGAAUAUUUGCAGCUUCAAGGAAAUGUGAUUCAAGAUUUGACACACGAUUUGUCGGAUGGUGUUAAUCUCAUCAGACUGGUUGAAAUUCUCCAAGGAAGACGGUAUUAUGGAAAGGUCUACGAUCAGGAGCCCACGGAGAUUCAAAAAUUGAUGAAUGUUCAAAUGGCGCUGGAUGCGUUACGAGAAGACGGAGUGAAAACUGUGAACAUUGGAAGUCAUGACAUUGUGGACGGCAAUGAGAAACUUAUACUUGGCCUCAUCUGGUGCCUGGUUCAAAGAUACCAAAUUGCCUGUAAAACAAAAAUUCCUCCCAAAAAACUUGUGAUGGCGUGGAUACAGGUUUGUCGUUUUGCCAGUAGUAAUAAGAUUUCAAAACAUGGUUUCUGAGUCAAAUUUUCCCAAAAUCGUGACUUUUUGUACAUGAUUUUGAGGCCAGGCCGAUUUUUGACAAGUUUCAAAAAGAAAUUCAGAGUGCGUUACCUGACCUGAAGCUCACAAACUUCCGAACCAAUUGGAAUGACGGAGUAGCUCUCGCUGCUCUUCUGGAGUAUUGUCAGCCUGGAUUGUGCCCGGAGUGGAGGAGUUUGGAUCCAUCGAACUCUCUAGAGAACUGUGAAAGAGCGCUACAUCUGGCAGAACGGUAUCUGGAAGUUCCUCGGAUCAUCUCAUCCGAUCAUUUGUCUUCUCCACACUUGGACGAACUUUCCUGUCUCACCUACCUCUCUUAUUUUAUUACAAAAGGAGCCCCAGGGUACCGUGCCACGUUGAAGAAAGUGUCAAUGGUACGGUGAUCCUCAAAGUGAACCUUAUUCAGACGUUCAUUUGCAGAUACUUCCCGAUUGCAACGUCGAAGAUCUGGAGCACUCGUGGAGUGACGGGUUCCUCCUCGCCCAUCUCGUCGAAGCGUGUGGCGGCGCUGUUCCCGAGCUCGAGCAAAUGCGAUUCGAAAGUUUGAACGAUUUUGUUGAUAACGUCGCCGUUGGUUUGUUGUUUUUUGCAUUUACCGGUGAGCGUCAUCAUACAUAUUUUGCCCUUUUCAGUGUUGAACGCGGCGGCAGACAUUGGUGUUGGAUCGCUUAUUGGCGCCGAUGAUAUUGCGGACCCGCAAGGAGAGCAUUUAGGUGACUAUACGUGUUUACACGAGUGCUGCAAACUUUUUAUUAUUGUGUCUGACUUUAUGGCACCUCUGUGGACUCUUAUCAAGUGGAACAGGUGCUCAAGUGCAUAAUCAAAACUGACAAAGAGAGCGGACAAUAUUCAUAAAUGGAAAACAUUUAAUUUGCGUUUUAUUUCAGGUACAAUGGCCCUCGUCGCUGCUUUGUGUUCGAUUCCUUUGGAACAAACGACAAAUUACACAGAUUGCUAUGUGAAUCAGCAGGUAACAAAACAUGUGGCGCGGAAAACUUCCAAUAAAAUUUUACACACAGGUUAAUUUGGACCUCGCGUUCACGAGCGGAAGCGAAGUUCGGAUGGAGGAGUUGGAUGUCCGAGGUUCGAUUUUUUAACUGAUUUCAAGUUCAUCAAGUUCACACUGUCUUUUUCAGUUUUCGGUCCGGAUGGCCAGGUAUUCUCCAACGACGCAAUUCGACUCCGCAAAAGUCGGACCACUCAAGGAGCAAACUUGUCUCUAAUUCCCGUCGAGCCCGGAUUUCUACAAGUGAGUUUUUGACGUUUCCAUUUCCUUUUCUGCUGACAUGAACGAAACGAAACGAACACGAACACGAUGCGGAAUAUUCAUCGUUUUAUUGUCCAAGUUUUGUGUGGUGUCGCCGUCUCUCUCGCACUCCGCACUCUCUAGUCUCCAUUUUGAAACCAUUCCGGCACCCCAUACAAUAUGUGAGAAAAUACACAGUAUAAAACUGAUGACACUUUUCCGGAAAAACGAAACGAUGCCGAUACCGACACCAUCAUUCUUUCUGUAUUUGUAAGACAGUUCUUGAAAACCUGUCAUCUGACUAUAUUUUUCUAGUCGAUUCACCCCAAAAAUGCGGUUGAAAGUAAAGACCCGAGUAGAGGUAUGUAUGUGCUUUUCGAGUCUGCGUAUCCAUUUAUAAUGAGAAAACCACGUAUUGUUGGUAGUACGCCAAACCAAAACCAUUUUUGGACCAUGGCCUCAUUCGAUCAAAAGAUAACAUAAAUGGCGCCCGGGGAGAAGGAAAAUAGAAAAAGAAAAGAAAAAGGAGAUGGGCGUCUUGAGUUGUGACUCAUAAUGACUUUUCUUUUCUUUUCUCACUUAUUAAAGUUUUGCCGUGACGGCUAACAGCACAAUUUGCCGAGCGACAGAACCAACAAAAAACAAACAGUUUUCGAUCUCUUAUUAUCGGAUUUAUUAACAGUUUGUUCAAAAACAACUAGUUGCGCCUGUUCCAUACCAAAUCCGCCUGCACUUUUACUUUUUCAUCAUUUCACUUUCCAACUUUUGCGUUCAGAUCACGCGCGCCAAAAGGUUGUAAGUGAGUGUAUACAACCGUUUUCCGUUCAAUUCGCCCCAUUCAAAGGCAGGCAGCAGGCAGCAGCAUUUCCGUUUGCCGCAUCACUCUCCGCAUAUCUCUCCUUUCCUUGACCUCGGACCGCCGACGCAUGCGUUCGUCGCUUACCGCAACAUGAUGCGCGGUGGACCUGUUGUUAUUGUGUACACGUGAUCCGUGUGUUCUAGCCUUUAGCCAGACGCAAUUACCUUUUGCCGGGGGCCGGGUAGCCAUCACGAAAAAGUUGAUCUUCUUCUUUUCCUCCGAUAAUUGCUCAAGUUUUUCGACUUUCUACACUUUCCUGAUUGAAUUUCCGCCACUUUUCACUUAGAAUGACAAUAUGUCUGAUGGCUAUGAAAGUAUUCGGCUUAAAAUCCAAGCCAGGGUGUAUCAUACUGUAAGUUGAAGUUUAGUUUUCUAGAAGAGAGAGAGGAACUGGGAAGGAAAAUGUCUUGCGGUCACAACAGUUGAUCGUGUUCCUCCUUCCCCUCUUCCCCCUACUACUUCUCCUUGUUUUCCGGUGGUUGUAUGCUUGACCUUCAACUGUGGCAUUCGGUGUUGUUUCCUUCCGUCCACCGGGUUUUUCUCCCCUCAAUUUUCACACCCUGGAUUGUUGGAUUAAAAUAAUUGUUUGAAAAGAUUAUGUUGAUCACUCUUUGUUCAAGUUGAUUGAUCGGCCAAAAUAGGUUGAAGUCUUGGUUUAUGAGAUAAACAGAUUGUAAAACACAAAUACAUACUGUGGCGUACUACCUUGCACUGAUAUCAAAUUCCAUUCUCGGAAAAGUGAUUGAUUGAAUUAGGACAUUCUUUUUGGAAUUUUUGGAUGUCCGAUUGCCUUUCCUUGGCUUAUUCAUCCAAUUCGCUUAUUCCAGGUCCGUAUCUACUGCCAGGGCUCAGAACUCCCAGCGAGCCCGAUUUCUCUGCAAGUGCACACUCAAGAGGAAACCAGAAGCUCAUCCCGAGCUGCUUCUCGUGCUUUCCCAGAAAAUCGCAAUCCAACGACAUCUCCCACGGCGACUACUGUAGUCAAAACUACAGUUUCGCCAGUUGGCGACCCAAGAGAGCCCGGUAAAGUUACGCAAAUCUCGUCGGAAACUGAAGUAAGUAAUCAAUAAGCAACACGAGUGAUAGAAGAUUGUGUUCAGGUGGACAUAUCGCACAAAUCAUUCGCGCAGCGACGUCUCCACAUUAUCAAGCAGCUCGAGGCGCAACACGUCAAUCAUAUAGCGCAGGUAUUCGAACUGUUUAACCUUGAAUGUGAAAUAUAUUAGCAGUUUUUAUCGGGUGCUAGAGAUCGUCUCAACACUACUUCAUCAAAUGAGAAGUGAGAUGACUUAUUUUGUUGGCAGUCAUCCAAAUAGAUAAGCAAAGAACGUUAGAUAGCAUUCAUCAAUCACAAAAGUUCCUCGCCUCUAAAUAUUUUCAUCAAUGUCAUAUCUUCUUAUUUUGAAAGGUUCAGACAAGCUUUCCACCUCGCGCUAGCCGAAAUACCUGUUCGUUUUGAUAAUGUUACAUUCAUUGCAGACGAAAUCGCAUCACCAACAACAACAACCUCAUCAGUCUCAACCUCUCCACUCGCAGUCACCGUCGAUAGUUCAAGUCGUGCAGGUUGGUGAGAGAAAUUGGAGAGAGGAAUUCGGUAAUAAAAACAGAGAAGUGAACUGAACUACGCGUGACUUUUACUCGCUAACUUAUUUGCGAUUACUUCUCUUUUUCUUCACCUUUAUCCCUUUACAACUAUCACUAGAUUCCUUGAAACUUCUGUGCUAUAAUUUUAGUAUUAUGAUUUCUAAAGAUUCUAAAGACAAAAUGCCUACCGUUCCAUUCAUUUCGGCUUGUUUUCAUCUUCCGCAGUUUACGAAUGCGCCAGCUUAUUGCUUAUCAGUUGAUAACCCGUUAUUUAUUGCCGUACUUCCAGCCCGCUCAAAGCAGCUCCAAAAUUCCGCCGCCACCACCGAUUCCGGCUGUUUUGGAGGCAUCCGCGUACAAAGAAAUGCCACUGACCAGGUCACCAGACGUUGGACUCGUUUCAUUCUCAGGGCUCACCGAGCCCUGCUCUGUUGGCUCUAUUGUAGAAGUUGUGGUAUGCUGGAUUGUUGUGAAAUGUACGUGCAUUGUGACUUUUACUCAACAUUUCAGAUCAAUGCUCAUGGCGACGCAGUAUCCGGAUCAGUGUACGUGGAAGCAGUCUCGCCGUCCGGAAAAGUACACCCCUGUAGUGUGCGCCAUCAAAACAACUCCUACACAGCAACGUUCACCCCUCAAGAAGUCGGUAUGUUAGGGAGAAAGGGUCCAGGGGGGGGGGUACUGCGAGAAGGCCAAAGGAUCUUGUCAGUUGUCGAGAUCUUGCGGUGAAAGAGACCCUUUCCAAAUCGGCGGGCCGUAUCUUUUGAUGACACACCGGUACCAAUGGGGGCCAAUUCAACCUUCCAAUCCUUAUGCCCCCGAACGGACUCUGCCAGACCAGAUAGCAAUCAAAGAACCCCACGAUAUCUUCUUACAAAGAUGAAUUAACGAAAAAACACGGAGAGAAGAAGAAAAACGGUAUUUUUUUGCAGGACUCUGGCGAAUCGGCAUUCUGUACGAUGGCGAACACAUUCGAGGAAGCCCGUUCGCAUGCCAGGUUUAUCAGUCGGCGAUGAUAACGCGCCAACAUGAUUAUGAUCGGUUUAACGAUGCGUUUGUAGGUGUUCGACGCUGGUCUCGUCAAUGUUUAUGGUCUUGAUGUGGGCUUGGUGGGACAAGAACUCAGGUUCUCGGUGAACACUGUUCAGGCAGGGCAUGGAACGUUGAAUGUGAGUGGGAGGCAACGUUUUUUCGGAAAUUUCCCAGUCAAACUAUGGGAAUUGCCGUUUUGAUCAUAUCACAUACGAUAUCUUGUCACCCUUUCCACCGUAAUUCGAUGAUGAAAUGAGAUGUGAAUUGCAAUUGCAAUUGGGUGUUGGACGCAUUCCUUCCGAUUAGUUCGCCAUGAUAAAUGAUUUGCCAAGUCAAGAACACAACUUUCAGGUAUCCGUAGUACGUCACGGUCGUGAGAUCCCUUUGACUGUUGAGGAACAAGGCAACUCAAAAGUCCACAACGUUUCUUUCGUUCCUGACGGUCCGGGACAGUACAAAAUCCACGUUUUGUUCAAUAGAAUGGAGAUUAAAGGUUUGUUACUAACUAAAAACUUGAAAAAAUUUUGAAAUUUUCAGGUUCUCCGUUCAUUUUGGACAUUGCCGAUGCAUCGUCUGUGUCUGUUUACGGCGAAAACCUGAGAUCGGCGUCUGUGGGGAAAACAGCGUCUUUUCUGGUGCACGCCGUUGGAGCCGAUGCAAAGGAUAUCAGUGCUUACGUCACAGGUAUUUUUGCCUUCUCCCUCACUAAACUUUUCACAUGUUUGUUGGCAACUAACAUCAAACUUACUUUUCCACCCAAUUUUCCUUUAAAACAUUCCGCAUGAAACACCAUUUUCCCCGAGAAUUUUUUGUUUAAAAUUAUCUUAAUCGAAAAAGUAAGCCGUCCAAGUCAACUGGUCCGUCUCUCUUCAAAUGUUUUUCGUUCAGUUCAAUCUAUGUUAAAGUGGGUACGGUAUGUUCAAUGUUUUACUUUUUCACUACUUUUCUAUUUAUUGCAAUGAAUAAGUUGUAGCGCCUUCCGGUGAGAAAUCGUCAACAAAAGUUGUCACUUUGGAUGAUGUCACAUUUCAACUCGAAUGGACGCCAAAAGAGCCAGGUUCGUAAUGAGCGCCUCCGCACACAAAUUGGAUUUGUUUGCUUGCCCUUGUUUUUGUCAGAAAUGUGUCCAUAUGACACGCAUCAUCAUCAUCAUCUUUCUUUUCCUUUCUUAUUUUUUAUUUCUCUCUCUCUCUCUCUUUCUGACACAAAGUUUGGAAAAUAUGAUUCUGAAUUCGAAAAAGUAUUUGUGUUGUUUAGUGGCAAAGAAAAGUGAGACUACUCUUAUCAUACAUAGAAACUAACACCUUUCGUUAUCGAGACACGUAUCUAGUUAAUCAGUACCGAUCACUUUUUGGCCAACUUGCCCAACCAUCUAUCUCGGUUUUUGGGUGUGGUUUUGGUUGCUUUGAUGCCAUUUGUCAGUUCCUAGUACUCUUCAGCGCAAAUUCCGUUUUUUCUUCUCUCUAUAGUUUUGGAUUUUCAGAAAUUGUAGUCGGCAACAUUCUUUUAACAAACCUGUCCACUUGAUUGUGUUUUUGUUUUUCAAGGUUUCAUUUUUUUCAGUCAUUUGUAAUCGUUUUUAGUCAAUCUUUCAACACCUUAAGAUUAGAAUUAGAAACACUGUUUUUUUUAACACUUCCGAGCUUUUUUCUAAGCUGAUAAGGUGCUCUAUACCUAGCGUUCCGAGGUAUUUCAUGGGUGGUCGGGUCGCGUGGGCUCUAUAGAAAAACAUGGUUAGUCAUACCAUUAGGGGGAACUGAUAACAGGUAAUGCAACCUUUUCCUCCUCCUCCGGCCUCUUUCUCCUUUCCAACCAUAAAAGUAGGUUUUAGGGGGGAAAACCGCACCGGUGUGUGGGGGGUAAUCGACAUUGCGCCUAAUGUUAUCUGUCAAUAUCUCUCUAUGGUGUCCUUCUUCUCGCCAUCGUCUCGGGACACGAGAGUAGCGAUUGCCGGCCGGCCCCCAGAAAUCUCUCGCUCUCCGUUUGUUCUUCUUCUUCUUCCACCUCCUUCUUCCCUUUCCGUGUUGCGUCGACAUCGACGACGUCUUCUUCUUCUUCUUCUUCUUCCGACGGUUGUUGUCGUUCCCCCCUCGGCCGACCAUCGAUUAUUUGUUGAUGACAACAGACACACACGCCGAUUUAACGAUUCUGAUUAGACCACCCAAAUUCCUGUCUUUUUUUGGCGCUAUCAUCACAUAAUAAGUAAGUUUUGCAGGCGAACACAGUGUGGAUGUGAUGCUGGCGGACCAACGAGUGCCUGAUGCGCCGUUCGCGUGCAACGUCGGAGCGCCGGACCUGGUGCAUGUGCGCAAUAUGCCACGUCGCAUUCUACCGUCGAAACUCAACACAGAUCACUCGUUUGAAAGUGAGUUCGGUUAAACUAGUUCUCAUGUUCCCUCUGAAAUUGUGUUGCGAUUCAUGCCAAUUUAUUCGAAAACUAUGCCAUUUUCGACUUUUGCCAGAUUAGAUAACCAAAAAACUUGAGAGAGAGAGAGACGUGCGCGAAGUUUCUUUAGAAAACAACAACGUUUUUGUCUCAUUAGUCACUCCCCACCUUCCGCCGCUCGCUGACCAUUCCAAACGGUCACAGACAGACAAACAUUUAUGACGACAUGUCAAUUUGAAAUCGGCUGACCCACAUUUACAAUUUGCGUAACCCCAAGUGUCUGGAAGAGCGCUUUGUCAGCUGAAAGUCAUGAAAAGUCAGGUGAACACAAGUGAACAACACAACUGGUACACAAAUACAUAAACACAGUCAGUUUCGACUUUUUAUUUCGCCGUCUCCCUUUAAUUGUACCUACCUGCGCAAACCCAACCUAUUCGGACAAAUCCACACAGACACGCACAAACUUUAUUUUGUCACUAUACCCUACUAACUACGGUCUAUGCUCAAAUUUGGAGUGGAACAACUUUUUGCCAAGAUCACCAACACUUGACGGAUCAGAAUGCCGAACUUUACUUACACGACCGGUUGGUUAGCGGGAAAAAUGGGCGAGAGUUCGCGCGGAAAGAAGAGGAGAUGCUCAUUCACUUCUACAAUAUUUGUUUACCUUUGAGCAGAAAAAAUGAAGGGAAAAGGGAGAGCAAGAGAGAGAGAGAGUUUGUAUCCAUCCUUCGCUCGCUCGAGUGGCACCGGGUCGCUUUGUAGGAGCCCGUCGGCACACGUACUUACUUUUUGUCGCGCAGGCGCAAGCAACUCCCCCUGGAACGCUGAUUUUUGUGUGCAUAUGUGUAUGGCACAAAAGUCAGCACAAAAUGUUUGGUUUCGUUCACUUCUGAUUCUCUUUUAGUGUUCUGUCCUGACCGAAGGCCGUUGUGCAAAAUAUCUUGAUACACAAUUUUAUUUUCCAAAAACAUUUAUGCCCCCCCCCUUCCCUUCAAAAAUUGGAACGAGACAAAGCCAAAAUCCAGAAGCUGUUACUCUCACUAUCAUAUUUCUUUUCUGCCAGUCAACUUUUGAACAAAUAAACAGAAACGACGAGGGGCGCCAAUUCCAGAAAAACGCCUCAUAUUUGCCAAUGACACCGUAAUCCGCGAGAAGACCCCCAGAUGUUUCUGUUUGCGGAAUGCAACAAUCUUGAGAAAUUUUGACGCACAUAGGGCAGGCGGGGUGAAAAAGUACAAAACCUAUGUCAUCCUCGGUUCCUUUUUUCGUUUUUCUUCAGUUGUAGUGUUUGUUUGCGCGUCCGACCCAACCUCAAAAUGCCACUGUCUCUAAAUAGUUUUUUCCUGUUUCUUGUCUCUUACAAUCUGUAAUUAUAUCUUUUUUUUCAGUCGACGCAUCUGCCGCCGGCUCCGGCAAUCUCGAAAUCAUGAUCAACGGCGGCCGAGUGCCAUGCCGCGUUCGAGAACUUGGCAGCCGUCAGUACAUGGCUAUUUUUACACCCACACAGGUACAUCUCCCUUGAGUGUUUCUUUUAAUUUCGAGUGUUUUUGUGUUUCAGUCCAUCACUCACACGAUCGAGAUGAGGUUCAACGGAGAACACGUUUCGGGAAGCCCGUGGAAGUUGCCAGUGGAAGAUCGCGGUGAGAGGCGACAGGAAAUGGAAAGGUAUGUACAUACUCGAAAACUGCCACACACAUGAAACGGUGAGACAAAAUCGCGUACGCGUACACAUGCGCAUACACACACAAGUCGAACAGACCGAAAGGAAAGAAAGAGAGAGAGAGAGAGAGACAAACAACUUUUACCGACAUGUGCGUCUUUGUUUUUAUUACUUCACUUGAUCGCGAAACCUAUAAAAUGACAUAUGUAAGAAGGAAAAGCUGAGAAGAAGAAUAAUGGAGAAAGAAUGUGUUGCGUUUUCAGAACCAUGUCCUAUUACUCGGAGCUUUCGGGUCCGGGACUCGUCAGAGCUCCUGUCGCCCGAACGGCACAUUUUGACAUCACUGGCGAAGGCCUCGAGCUUUCGGACAUUCAAGCCAAGAUCUUUGGGCCUGACAACAAAGAAUACCCGAUUCGAAUCAUUCCAAGAACCGCUGGCAAAUACACGGCCGAGUACGAGAUCGAACAAGUCGGCGAACAUCAUCUGACCGUUUGGAUCGCCGGCAGAAAAGUCGACGGUUCGCCGCUCUCAGUCGCUGGUUCGUUUGUAAUUUGAUACACUUUUCUCCCUUACUCUCUCUCUUCGUUAUCAAAUAAACACACAAGUUUUGCAGGCUACGCAACCGAAAAAGUUCGCCUGGAACCGUUGGGCGGUGGUGCGCCGAAUCAGCCAGUACAGUUCUAUGGUAAGUGAGUGUAGAGAUUAGAGAGGAUAGAGAAAGAGAAAGAGAGAAAGAGUAGGCGUCGCAAAACGCUAGGCGGAAGCGUUAAAAUUCGAGGCAGUAGCGCGUAUACAGGCGUGUACAGCAACUACGCAGUUUGGUUCAGUUCAGUUUUCUGAUACCCCCGUCCUUCGAUAUUGUACUGUUCUAAUUCUGAGAAAAACAGCAGCACCUGGCGCAAGCUUCUAAUUAGAGUGAGCGGACCGCCCGGGGGUGAUGAGUGACAGUCAGCAACAUGAUGAGGUUGUCAAACCGGCGAGGGUUCCUGCUUCGACAACCACAAAACCGAGUUAUUACUCCCAACUGUAUGUGAUUCCUGCAGUGGACGCCGUCGAAGCUGGUAAAGGACAACUCGAGAUUUCUGUGAACCAAGGAAGAGUGCCGAAUAAUGUGCAAAUGCAAGGCGCCGGAAGGUACCGUACAUUUUUAAAGAUUUUUGAUAGUUUCUGCUUUUCAGAUGUUUGGUCACAUUCAUUCCUCAACAUGCUGGUACUUACGUCAUUGAUGUCACUUUUAACGGCGAGCAAGUUCAUGGUAAGGCCUUGAUGUAACCCUUCACUUUCUCUCCAUUCCGUGUGUUCGAAUCUAAUUAGACAAAUUUAAUAGCAUUACUAGAGGAAAAGAUGCUAAACAAGUUUUCUCUUUUUUCUCUUCUUUUUUUUUGAUUUUGCCAGCCACUGUUGCAGUUGCAAAAAAACAACUACUGCCGUGUACACGUUAAUCCUUUGUGCAGAUUAUCACACUUUAGUAUACCAAUACCAUAUAUAUAUAUACAAAAACUUUCCAAUUUUCGAUUUCCGAUACUUUGAAUGAAACUGAAAGACGAAACAAAAGCAAGAACUCUAACAAUUUCACCUUAAUUGCAGGUUGCCCGAUCAAAGUAGAAAUUCUGCCAAAACAAGUGGGUCAGCAGAUUCACGCUAAUUUGACGCCGACCGCUGUUUCGACCGCCAUUUCAGCUGGUUCGUUGUGUUCGUCCUUCUUCGGAACGGGGAUAAGAUGAGGCAGAAUAGGAAUGAACGCACUGACCAUAGAUUGACAUGACAUUUAGAUGAAGUGCGUUGUGUGUCCGUAGAAAACUGUAGAGACAAAGGUCGAUCCUUAUGAUUAGCGGAAAUUGAAAAACCGGAAUCUCUUCUUCCGAUUGAUUGUUACACUCCGUUUAAUCUUUUCGAGAGUUAUUGGACAGAAAGAACGGUUUAUGGUAAUUUGAACAAGAAUUCACUCAUCCAAACCAAUAGAGAAGGGCAUAGAGAAGGGUUAACACAAAAGUAUUGUUAAGAAGAGUCAUUGCAGUCAUUUAAGAAAAACCUGUUUCAAGUUUAAUCUUCAAAUAAUGGCUAUUUUACAGGAGGAACCUCUUCGAUCUCUGGUGCUUUCCGCGAGACCGCUCGUUCUCCACUUUCCGCCAGAAGUCCAACUUCCCCGACGCUUCUUCAACAUGCCCGACAACGUUCCGAAGAGACCAUGCUCCGAAGCCCGCAACUUCUUAGAGAGUCUAGAAAAGUUGAGAAGCCCUGGCAAACGGUACGCAUCCCCCCUCCCUCCCAAAUUUUCAAAGUACAAGUAUAUUUUCUCGUUUACAGUCAUAUGCGCCCACUUCGUCGCGCAACGCGUUCUCCCAAUCGCCACACCGUGAUUGGAGCGCCUCAAGCGUUUACGAUCGAGUUUACGGCUCAAGCAGCGAUGUGGAACGCACGUUGUCGCCAAGUGACCCGUCACGAAACCGUAACAUCCGAGAGACAACGACAGUAAUCCAUCGGACUCCGUCGCCAACUGGUUUGAGGUAAAUUCCUAAACUCGAUUUGAAGAAGAGGAUGAAGAAAUCAUCAUUUUUGUUAGUGACACAACAAAUUAGGCGUUUUCUCCCCCUUCUUGUCUGUGUACGCAUGCGGUCUUCAUCUUCUUUUCCUUUUUCUUCUCCCUCCCUGCUAACUGGUGUCAACAAUCAAUUUGAUUUGUGGUUGUCACUCUCUACAAGCAGAACGAGACUGUUUUAACUGUACAAGUCCCUUCUCUAUCCAUUUUUUCCUUCCAAUUUCUCACUAUCCUAUCCUUUACAGAUCCCACCAAAUCACGGAAACUAUCACUCGCACUACUCACCGCUCUCCGUCGCCGCCAAGAGGAGCGUCGAAUACGUCGUACGGAAGCGUCAGGUAACUGUCCCUGUCUUGCACUUUUCCCUUAAACUAUCUGCUUCUAGAAACUAUCUAUCUGUACAUCUGAGCACCACUCUGACAACCAAAUUAUUUCAGAACUCAAGAGUUUGCCGAAAGAAUCGCUCGCUCCCCAUCGCCAACCGGAUACGAACGCGAGUUCAUCGAGAAGCGCACCACGUAUAGAUCGCCGUCCCCAGCUAGAACUUCCAGCGUGGCUCACUCCCACAUCAGCGAGGUUCCACUCUCUCCGAUCCAGGGACUCGAUACUCCGUUUGAUACCGCUGAAAGAGUCAAGAAGGUGGAAAAAAUGGACCCAUUGGCGGAUGAGGAUGAGCGUGAACGCCGACGAGUCCAGCUUGAAAGGGAUACCAAGAACACACUUGGAUACACUGUUGCUCAGUACGGAGACAGCCGUUCGACCCCAGAGAGAAGAUACUUCGGAGACACCCUUGACAAGAAGGACCGUCCACCGUCUGCCGGAUACUAUUCUUCGGCUCAGCAAAGACCGACUUCUCCGGAAUACUCCACGGUUUACGAACGCUAUGAGAGAAAACCGGAGAAACCGGAUCUACCACCGCCGAGAAUUGAGGGACACGUGUCUGCCAGCUACAAAGGAUACGAGCCGGUGUACUCGGAAGUCACUACGACCCGAACAACCACUACCACCGAGUACGAGAACAUCGACAAAAAGCCGAAUGUUCCGAGAAGAGCUCCGACUCCAGAGGGCUAUGUUGAGCCGGCCAGUGAUAAUGAGGAGAAGAGCAAGCAGACGUUCCUGAGAACUCAAUCCGCAAAGGUGUUCGAGCCAGAAGAGAGUCAGCCCCACCUUCAUCGUUCUGAGGAGAAGGAGUCGAUCUACGACCUUCCGCCACAGGAAACUUUGCAGAGGCACCCAGAAGCCCCGUCUAUCGCUAUUUCCGAAAAAGACCAGUCAGCCGCAAUUGCCGCCUACGCUCGAGGAACCCGUGAGGACAUCUACGAAGCGUCUCGCAAUGUUUCGUGUCCACCAGCUCCCAAGAUUGCAUACGACGAGAAAUCGGAGAAGAAACAACGAGAGUACUAUGGAAUUGGAAAGAUUGACGACGGAGAGCCUGCUGGAGAGUGUCCACCAGCUCCCAAGAUUGCCUUCUCUGACAGCACUGAGAAAGUCGUUCGCGAACAAUAUGGUCGUGUGAAAGAAGAAGUCACUGGACAAUACCCGCAAGCUCCAGAAAUCCACUUGAAAUCUCAUGAAUUGGAAGAAGCUAAGAAGGAUUAUAUUCAGGCGAAGAACGGCGAUGAGAAGGGAGACAAGUCAUGCCCACCACCCCCAAUCAUCGAAAUUAGCGCAGUUGAACAGGCUCGCAGAACUGAGGAGUAUCUUCGUGUGAAGUCUGAAGACGAUAAAAUUCUGGCGAAACACGGUUUCACUCGCAAACCGGAGCCGUCCAUUGAGAUCCAGGAGCCAGUGACCGAACAGAUUCGUGACGACGUGGUCGAGGCUGCGAUCGCUCCGGAAGUCGCUUUGAGACCAACCGACGAGCUUCCACAUUCUCCUGCUCCAUCUUCCAAGUCCACUCCAGCCACUACUCCGAAAAUGUCUCUGAAGUUCAAGAAGGACGGAAAAGAAGGAAAACUUUUCGAUUUUGGAAAAAGCAAGUUCGUCUGCAAGCAUGACGUCAUCAGACGUGGAAAAGAAGUGGAGGUCAAGCUGGAGGGUGUAAAACUUGGAAAGGAAGAUCAUCUUCGUGUAGUUGUUCUGCGUAAGUUUUGGGUCUUCUUGACGAUCUAAUAAUUUAAAAAUUCUUCAGCGCCAGUCAACAAAUCUAUCCCCGGAGCCAAUGGUGGUCCACCAACCGAAGUUGAGACCAAAGUGAAAAAGAGCAGCAGCAAGUACGAGAUCACGUUCAAACCGACCGAUGUGGGAACCCACAAGGUGUUUGCCUAUGUGAACGAGAUCCAACAUCCGCUCUCACCGUUCGCUGUCCGCGUUUACGAUGCAUCGGAAAUUAUCGUCGGCGAAAUUCCAAGCCAAUCACAUCUCAAUGACACUGUCGAGUUUACCGGUAAGUGUCUCACUGAAUACUAGCUGUGCGAAGCGGGCGGGCGGGGAAUUGAAAGAAAGUGAAAUAUGAUCUGUUACUUUUCCUUGCAGUGGACGCCGGACGCGCUGGCUUUGGAAAUCUUGAGAUGGCUAUUAAGGACGCCGACGGGGUCAUCAUUCCGUCUCAUGUGGCGCAGCUGGAAAGCGGUUCCGCCAAGUUCCUCGUCACUUUCACACCUGCUACCAAGGGCGCCCAUACCGUCAACAUCACUUUCAAUAAGGAGGUUCUCAAAAGUAAGAGCUAUCCAAACGUUUUUUUUUUGCUUUUUCAAGUGCUUUUUUCUUUUCAGACUCUCCAUUCGAAGUGAACAUCAUCGACGCACCGCUUCCGCCAGUUGUUCUCGAAUCUGCAGCCGUCGCUUCUCCGUCUCUGAGCAAAAAAGAGUUGAAGGAGCAAGAAAAGGAGAAGAAGCGAGAGGAGAAGGAACGUGCUAAACGCGAAAAAGAGGAGAAAGCCACUCUUAAACGGGAGAAAAAGGUGAGCUCUUUUCCGACUUUAAUGCCGUUUUGUUUUUUCUUGUUAGAAGAGCCAUGCGACCUCCGCAAAAGGCUGCUUGUGUAUUUUCAUACAUUAAUGUCCUAUGUCAUGUCAAUUGUUGUCAGAGUCAGGUUAGAUUUGCGAGCGUUUGCAACACUGUUUUGAGCUUUCAAUUCAACCCCACACAAAAGUAUGCUCAACCUCCCUGAGUGUUUUUCUGUUUACGGUUUCCUAAAGAUUUGAGAUGAGAGGCGAGGGGAACGAGGAAGAAAAACGCGCGCAUCACAUACGACAAAUAAUCCCAUAAAAGGAUUGGAAACGGCCUUGUCCGUGUCACCUCACGUCUAAAUCAUUCAAAGCGCGUUGUCUUUACCCGUUUUUCCGGUCGAAGCAUGCUUGUGGUUUUUGACUCACUUUCAACAUUUUGAAAGCGUCAACUUCUCAGCCAAUCCCUUUUUUGUCACCCAAGCAAAUAUUUUCUUAAAUUUCAGAGCAAGAGUCACAGAUUCCCGGCCAAAACGACUGUUUCAAAGAUUCCAUCACUUUCAAGGGUUGGACAACCGUCCUCCCUUGUGGUUGAGGUGUCCGGUCACGAUCAGCUUGAGAUUCGCGUCCUUGGUGAGUGAUUCCAGACAAAUGCCCGGAUUAAACCUGUUUCAGACGUACUAGACACCUAAAUAUAGCAGUUUUUCAAACAAAAAUAUCAUAUCACUUCUAUCCUACCCUCAACUAUCCCUCAAUGCAUGUUUUUAACUUCUCUACCCCUCACAAACAAAGUUUCAUAGGGGUUACUGACAUUUGCCAUUUCAGACAGCAAAAAAAACGAAAUUGGUACUGAGAUUGUUGAAAUUGAGCCGGGACACAUGCAAAUCAACUUCACUCCCGCUCAAGUCGGAGAUCAUGAGAUCGACGUCAGAUACGGUGGCGUGCCUGUGACUGGCUCUCCGUUCACCUGCAGAGCCUACGAUCCGGCUAAGAUCAAGGUCGGAGCUAUUCCAAAGGGUCUUCUCGACAAGCCAGUUUACUUCACCGGUCAGUUUCAUCUUCUCAACCUUUCCUGACCAAGUUUAUUUUCAGUUGACGCUUCUGAAGCCGGAGUCGGAAACCUCGAAGUGGCCGUUUGUGAGGGUAGAGUUCCAUCAAUGGCUCAUGCUUUGGGACACCACAAGUAUGACAUCAGCUUCGUUCCAAAAGAAGACGUUGACCACACCAUCACUGUCCGUUUCAACAACGAGCCCGUGCCAGGUAUCUGAGAAUGCGCAAGCAAACUCUGCUGACGCCUUUUUUGCAGGUUCCCCCUUCAUUUGCCAACUUAUCGCUACUGCUCAAGCAACUGCCGCCGGAGCUGGUCUUGAAAGAGUUCCAGUCGACGAGGAGACCGAUAUCCAGAUUCAAACUGAUGGUAAUUCAAACCUUUUCCAAAUGUAACUUUUUUUUAUUGAAUUUGCAGACGUCGAACUUGCGCCAGAGGCCCGUGUGCGUGACCCUCAAGGAAACGAUCUGCCGGUCAAUGUGACCCGCAGCAAGGACAGCGAGACCCUGCACAUUGCCACUUACGUCCCGAAAUGCGUUGGAAACCAUCUUGUCGACAUUUUCCUGGCCGGAGAACCAAUUGCGGGAUCCCCCUUCACCGCGAAGGCCUACGACGCCAGAAAGACCGUUCUGAUCCCGCCAACGAAUGCGGUUGUCGGAAAGCCAGCCACGUUUGUGAUCGAUGCCGCGCGAUCUGGUGCCGGAAAUAUGGAAAUAAUUGUAUCGGUUGACAACAGAAAUGUGCCGAACUUUGUGCAAGCUGAAGGACAGGCCCGUUUCAAGGUCUCUUUCACUCCACAAGACGCCAAGGAGCAUGUGAUCAGUGUGAAGUUCAAUGGAAUCAGCGUCCCCGGAUCUCCACUCAUCUGCGACGUCAGUCCGGCAGGAGCUGUUCCAGUCGUGCUUCCAGCUGCUGCUGCUCUUGGAGCUGGUGCUGGAGCCAUCGCUGCCACUCAACACGUCAAGCACACUCCACAACACUCCUCGGAGCCAGUUCCGGUCAAACAGACCACCACCACCGUGCUUCAGAAGACUCCGGAAAUCAAGGAGAAGGUCGAGAAGACCGGAUUGGCCAGAGAACUUCACUCGGCUCAAGUUGGACAGAAGAAGGGAUUCACCAUCGACAACAUCAACAAGUCGUCGGAUUGCAAUGUGGUUAUUACUGGUGAGUUAACAAUUCUUUGAAACUACUAUUGGAUUUGUCUUGUUCGUAUCUGGGUACCUUUCUCCUGGGUUCUAACGCAAACUUCUGUUUUGCUUUUUUCUCUGGGUUAAUUCGGACAUUCCUUGUUGUCCUGUCCUUGGUCUUGAAUGUAUGUGUGUUAUGUGUUCUGAAGCUCCGGACGGAUCGAUGGUUCCUGUGGAAGUGCAAAAGUCUUCAACGUCUGCGUAUGCAGAGUUCACGCCCACGCAAACUGGUGAGAUUACCCCUGCAUGCAAAGCAAAGCUGAAAAGAAAGUGUUCAGGCGAUCAUCUUGUGGAAAUUUACUUGGAUCAUGAAAUGAUUGACGAGUUUGUGAUCAAGAUCAGAGAUGAGAGACAUACACUUCCACCAGUGUGUCUUGCCGGCCAAAAGUACUCAUUUGAUGGUGAGUUGACUAAUUUUCUGCAACAAUUUGAAUGAUCGUUUGUUUUUCAGUGAACUCCGAUGACAAGAACCAAGUGCGCGUGACUAUCCGUGAACCUUCGGGACGAAUGCUGCCGGUCCAAAUGGAAGACCUUCCGGAGGGCGGUGUGCGUGUUUCCUGCCGCUUCAAAGAAGUCGGACCCCACUCAAUUGACGUUUUUGUUGACGACCAACCGAUUGGAGAGCGCAAAAUGCAAACAGUGAUUGACCCACUUAAUGGAGCACAAUUGGUCUCGGAGCCGAAACGUGAAAUUGUCGGGGAGCAAACCGAACUGAAGAUUCUUAUUGAUUCCGGUGUCGAAUCUCAAGUCGAUGUGAUUAUCGAGGGUCCGGACAGAGAGGAAAAUGAUGUUCACAUGAAGAAGAUCUCCGAGACGUUGUGGUCGGCCGUCUGGACACCAAAAGUUGAAGGCGAGCACGAGCUCUCAAUUCUAGUCGCCGGAGAGCAAAUUCCCGGAUCACCGUUCCCAAUCCAUGUGUUGGAUCCAUCGGCUGUCCGUGUGGUUGGCCUGAAGAACGCACCGGUUGGCGUCGAGCAGCAGUUCAGCGUGGACUAUACAAACAGCGGAGCAUCCAUCGCCACCGUUGAAGUCAGCCAUGGAGAUCAGCCAAUUCCGACCACCGUCAAGAAAGUGAAGCCAGGACAACUUUUGUGCACUUUCACACCAUUCGUGGACGGACCACAUCAGAUUGAUGUUAUAAUCGAUGGAGUUCCGUUGACAGGUAAACAGUUGUUUUUUUCUAUCCUUUGUCCCAUUCUAUCUAUUCCAAUUUUCAGACGGACCCUACGAAGUGUUCAUCAGUCAUCUGGGCACGGUUCGUGCCACAGGAGACGCGCUGAAAAAAGCUCAGCGGGCUCGAACGGCUCGUUUUGAAGUGAUAAAUGUUGAGCAAAAUCGUGGGGAACUUGAUGUCAUGGUGUCAGGUAAACACCAUCCACAAGAAUGCUCAAAACUCCCUCAAAUCUCUCUCCCCCUCCCACGCUUUCUUCUGAUACUGUGCCAAACUCAACUGACCCUAUUCAUAAUGUCAAUUUACAUCAUUUCAGAUCUGUUCAGCAUGUUCUUUUCAGUUUGUGUGUUAAUGUGUCUUUUUCUGUGUUUUGGGUGCAUGAUGUGACUUCUACUUUCUAUCUGUCCAAUGAUAUUUCAGAGCAAUUCCAGUGUUUCAGAACUAAUCUUCAACCAUUUUCAGAUCCAAAAGGAGGACCACUUCCGGUCCGUUGCUACAAGCAGCAAGAUGACAGUUACUGGGUCGAAUUCACUCCAGAACAUCUUGGAACUCACACAAUCGAAGUGACUUUCGGAGAUGUCCCGGUUCCUGGAUCACCAUUCAAGACUGAAGUCAUCGACCCGAAAAGUGUGGAAGUUCGUGGAUUAUCCGAACAGAUCCUUCUCCGUCAUGCCACUACUAUCAAUGGUAUGUAUAAUUUGACUCAAUUUUUCUUCAACACAUUUUUCAAAAUUUCAGUUGAUCGCCGUAAUGCUGGAAGUGGAGAGCUUCAAGUGGAAGUCACUGACCCGACUGGAUCCCCGCUCCGUGUUGAAAUGCUCAAGUCGCCAGGCGGCGAGGACCGCAUCACUUUCUUGCCAAACCAAACUGGACCGCACAAAGUCAAUGUGAAGGUCGCUGGAUUCCAGAUUCCUGGUAAAUUCGUGAAGUCAGAGUUACAAAACAUUAAAAAAAAUUUUCCAGGAUAUCCACAAACCAUCUUGGUUAGCGAGCAAGAAAAACCAGCGGUCUAUGGUGCGGCCGUCGAUCAAUCGAUAAAGAUUGGCGAGCCAGCUUCUCUGAUUUUUGACCCGAAGAAAAACAAUGGAGGUCUCAAGAUCCACGUUUCCGGCCCGGACAAUCAGAAGGUCCGCCACAAUGUGAUGCGCCGACCAAACGGAACCUCGGAAGUUGUGUUCUACCCGGAAGAGUCGGGCGCUUACAACGUCAGCAUUGACUUCAACAACCGCCCAAUCUCUGGAAGCCCGUUCGUUGUGAACGUUGUGGAUCCAACUAAAGUCAUUGUGAACGAUUUGGACAUGGACCGUGACGGCACGCUUCUCCUAAGACUUGGUCACUCGAACUCUUUUGAUGUUGACGCGACGGCAGCCGGACCCGGUACUGAAGUUAACGCUUCUCGACAAUUUUUCAUCAUUUUUUGUAGGCAAACUUCGCGCGGAAGUUCGAGACGCCGACAGUUCGCUGAUCGGUGAUGGCCCGGUUGUCGAGGACAUGGGACAGGGGAAAUACCGCGUUCGAUUCAAUCCAGAGCAACCCGGAAAGUACGUUUUCUUUUGUUGGACUGUUUUCCAAGUAAAAUUGGUGAACUUUUAGGUACUCAAUCUACCUGUACUGGAACGAGUUGCCGGUUGAGAGCGCAUUCCCAGUGAGAGCCCGAUCGUCCGCUGAAGAUUUGCCGACAACUUCGCGUGCCGUCAGAGAACCAGUCCCACCACCGACCAACGUUUCCUAUCAUGCACGGUAACUCAUUUUAAACCGGUUUACAUCUAAAUCAAUUGAAUUUCAGUGAAAAGUCGUCUAGCUCGAGUGUCGACGAAGAGGUCGGCCGGAUAAUGGUCCGAGGAGAUGGACUUCACAGAGCGGUCCUCAAGGAGCACAACGAAUUCAUCAUCGACGGAAGCGACAUCAACAAAGAGGGUCGUAUCACUGCCACGUUGCUCGGAUCUAAGGCAGACAUCCCAGUAAGAAUACAACAGCUCGGACACAACGUUUACAAGGCCACGUACACCCCGCUCACCGGAGGAACCUACGAGCUGCACAUUCUGUGGAACGGAAAGCACGUGAAAGGAUCGCCGUUUGCUGUAUCCGCUGACACUUCUGCCCACCUCGCUGACCUCAUUGACGUCGAUGCUUCCACUCUGAAGAUUGGAAUCAUCAAUGAGAACAUCAAGACGGUCAUUGAUACCCGUCGCGCCGGAUCCGGACAGCUUUCGGCCCUUUGCAUGGGACCAGUCAAGCCGGCGUACUGUGAACUGUAUGACCACCGUGACGGAACUUAUGCUCUUUGCGUGAGACCAGCUGAGAUUGGAAAACACACUCUGGUGAUCAAGUACAAUGAUGAGCACGUGAAAGGAAGUCCGUUCGUCGUUCACGUCUCUCUUCCUCCAGAUCCGUCCAAGGUCCGCGUCUACGGUCCAGGAGUCGAACACGGAAUUCUUUCUCUGUCAGUUUUUCGAUUUACGUAUCAAUGUACUCAAAUAGAUUCUUUUCAGGUUCAAAUCCAACUUUGUCGUCGAGACCCGAGGUGCCGGAGCUGGUCAGUUGACUGUUCGUGUCCGAGGACCAAAGGGAGCGUUCAAUGUCGAAAUGCAAAGAGAAAAGAAAAAUGAGAGAACGAUUCACUGCAAGUAUGAGCCGAAGGAGCCAGGAGAUUAUCAGGUAGGACCCAGACUUGAUCACGACGGAUGAAAUAUAAAAUAAAUUUUAGGUCGAAGUGAAAUGGCACGGCGAGCACGUGCCCGGCAGUCCGUUCCUCGUCAUGAUUGUCGACACUGAGAAGGAGCUGUCUCGGUUCCUCCGCGGCGAGGCUCCAUCGCCAACCCCGGCCACUCCGUUCAUCCCACCAGGAUGGGUCGCCCCACCACCGCCAAUGUUCCAGAUGGGCCCAGCACAGCAGCGUUACCUUCCACAGCACUUUGGACCAAUGGGCGUGCCGAGCCCGUACGGAUCGGUUCCGCCACCCACCAAACAUAAAGGACGCAAUCAUUAAGUUGACACGAUUAGUGACACCUCAAAUAUCAUAAAAGCCACGAAACAGCAGUCCUUCCUAGUUCAUUCAUUUUCAUUUUUCUGUUUUUUGUCCCAAUUCUUCCCAAAGAAUGUUUAGAUUAAUAAGAAAAUCUUGCUUCUCCUUGUCCCCUCCCAAAAUACCCAAUUGAAAAUGUGAUACUUUCUCUGAUGAUGACACAAAACUUUCCUUACUUCUCCCUGCUCAUUCUACUUCCUUACUUACUUUUCGGAAAUACUCCUGCCAAACACCUUUUUUUCGUCUAUUCUUACCUAGUUUUUCUCUCUUUUCCACAUUUUUGCACCCAUUCAAUGCUCAUUAAUAAGAUGAUUAACAUCCUGUGCUCCUCCUCCUUAUAUCGUUCCAUUAUAUCGUACUUCUGUCUAGCAUAUUAUGCGCCUGUCAUACUCUCCCUCUCCAAUUUCAAUUAGCUGUUCGUUCAGAUGUUCUAUUUUGCUGUGAGUGACCUUCAAUAAAGUUUGACAAGCCAGAACAGAACCAGGACACGCGCAACACAGAAACAGUGUCGUUUCUUUCUUGUUCCUUAUCAAUCGGGAUACAAUAUAGGCCACAUUGUAGUUUACUAACAUUAUCGAUCAACACCGGUCAACUGUCAUUACUGUUUUGGCUGAUAAGUCACCAAACUUCACUUCAAGGUUUACGAAAUAUCAUUUUUGAACCGAGUCUAUUUUCAGAAAUGUCCGCCGAUCUUAUUCUGUCGGAGAAAAAAGGAAAAGUCUUCUGGGUCACUCUAAACCGUCCGAAAAAGUACAAUGCACUCACUCGAGUGGUCUGUUUUAAAGGAAAAAGUACAUGCAAAGGUAUUCAGAUAAUUUCAGAUGUUUUUGGACUUGUGCAAGAAGUUCAAAGAAGCCGCAGAUGAUGAGGAAGUGAGCAUGGUUGUGUUGACUGGAGGUAACUAAUCGAUUUCUUGAAAUUAUAUAUUUACUGAAAUUUUAAAGGGAAAAGCAAAUAUUACUGCGCUGGCAGCGACUUUUCUCCAGCUGAACUUGCUACUUUGACGUCGGUUUCCACGGAAAGUUGAAAAAAUACCUUGAAUUAUUUGUUUCAGGGAAAUAGAGCACCACGGAUACAAGUACUUUGUCGAUGUCCUCAUUGAGUACCCAAAACCAGUUAUUGCUCUUGUCAAUGGUCACGCAGUUGGCAUUUCCGUCACUACAUUGGGCUUAAUGGAUGCAGUGAUUUCUAUCGAUACAGUACACAUGUUUUUCAAAGAAGCAGUUCGCAAAAAUUACGUUUUAGGCCACUUUCGCCACUCCAUUCGCUGAUAUUGGAGUGUGCCCGGAGGCUUGCUCCAGUUACACUCUUCCCAGAAUCAUGGGGCAUCAGAAAGCAGCAGCUCUGAUGCUGUUCAGUGAGAAGUUCACCGCCCAGGAGGCGUAUAUUGCUGGGCUCGUGACUAAGGUUCCAGAAUUCAAAGAAAACGGAUUCGAAUACAGUUUUUAUAGGUUCUGCCGGCCGCAACAUUCGAAGAAGACGCCAAGAAGAUUAUCGAUCGCUGGGCAACUCUCUCCCCAUGCGUAAGUUUUUCUCCUUCAAAUUUCUUCAAUUCUGUCCGUCUUUUUCAGACCAUGAAAGUUGGAAAAGAGCUGAUGAGGACCAUUCCGCAUAAAGACAACUUGCUGACCAUAAAUCGGAAGGAAGAAGUCGAGUUGAAUGGGAUGUUCUCUCAUGAAGACACGAUCGCUCGACUCACCGCCAAAUUUGUGAAACCAUCUAAAAUUUGA